GGGAAGAGGGGUGGUCCACCGUGGCUUCUUACAAGCUCUUGGUCCCCGCGGCCUAUCGGACUUUCCGUAUGAACUUGUCAUCCCUUCGGCUGCAGCUUCCGUGACCUUUGCUUCCCAUGAUUCUACUGUCGGUGAUAUGUCCACUCCAGGAGACCCAUGAGAGAGAAAGUGGCUUCCUGGUCCCAGGCCCUGCUCUUCAGGCAGAUUUACUGUCAUUCUCGUAAGAUGGCAGCUCUUGGCCUGGCUCCCACAUGGGCUAUGACCAGCCAGGAGCCUGCCUGUAUCCAUGAGUCAGAAAUUCCUCUUUCUUCAAAAGACCCUUCCUGUCCCCAGGAUGUUGACCUGUUUGCAUGCAAUGGCCUGGAGCCUCAUACAUCAACCAGUGUUGAACCAUCCCAGGAAUCAGUGACUUUCCAGGAUGUUGCUGUGGACUUCACUGAGAAGGAGUGGCCCUUGCUGGACUCUACUCAGAGAAAACUGUACAAAGAUGUGAUGCUGGAGAACUAUAGUAACCUUGCCUCAGUGGGGUGCCAGGUGGGCAAACCCAGCCUCAUCUCCCACUUGGAGCAAGAAGAGGAGCUGAGGACAGAGGAUCGGGAACUUCACCGAGGCCCUUGUCCCGAUUGGGCGACGCCAUCUAAAACCAAAUGGUCAAUUCUUGUGGAAGAUAUUUUUGGGAAGGAAACAUCUAAUGGUGUGACAGUGGAAAACAGUCAGCUUGGAGAGAAGUCCGCGGAGUACACUAACCUGUUUGACGUCUUUAGCAUAGGCGCUCAUCUCACUCAGCAGUUGGGAAGGCACACUGGCAAGAGAUCGUAUCACCGCCGGGACUGUGGGGUGACUUUCAGGAACAGGUCCCAUGUAACCCAACACAUGAGCAUUUACAACGGGAGGAAGAUGCACGAAUGUCAUCAGUGCCAGAAAGCCUUCACCACAAGUGCUUCCCUCACACGGCACAGGAGAAUACAUACUGGGGAGAAGCCCUAUGAGUGCAGUGCUUGUGGGAAGGCUUUCAAUGACCCCUCAGCCCUCAGGAGUCACGCAAGAACUCAUCUCACAGAGAAACCCUUUGACUGCACUCAAUGUGGGAAUGCCUUCCGCACCCUCUCCUCCCUGAAGAUACACAUGAGAGUCCACACUGGGGAGCGGCCAUACAAGUGUGACGAGUGUGGGAAGGCUUAUGGCCGGAGCUGCCACCUCAUUGCCCACAGGAGAACACACACUGGGGAGAGACCCUAUGAGUGUCAUGAUUGUGGCAAGGCUUUCCAGCACCCCUCCCAUCUCAAAGAACACGUUAGGAAUCACACUGGGGAGAAGCCCUAUGAGUGCACGCAGUGUGGGAAAGCCUUCCGGUGGAAGUCAAACUUUAACUUGCAUAAGAAGAACCACACAGUAGAGAAAACCUACGAGUGUAAAGAGUGUGGGAAAUCUUUCGGGGACCUCCUGUCCCGGAGGAAACACAUGAGAAUUCACAUUGUAAAGAAGCCUGUUGAGUGCAGACAGUGUGGGAAGGCAUUCAGGAACCAGUCCAUCCUCAAGACGCACAUGAAUUCCCAUACUGGAGAGAAGCCGUAUAGGUGUGACCUCUGCGGGAAAGCCUUCAGUGCCAGCUCCAACCUAACUGCGCACAGGAAGAUCCACACCCAAGAGAGGCGCUAUGAGUGUGCUGCUUGUGGGAAGGUCUUUGGAGACUAUUUAUCCCGGAGGAGGCACAUGAGCAUUCAUCUCGUGAAGAAGCGUGUUGAAUGCAGACAGUGUGGGAAAGCCUUCAGAAACCAGUCAACCCUCAAGACACACAUGAGAAGUCACACAGGAGAGAAGCCCUAUGAGUGUGACCACUGUGGGAAGGCCUUCAGCAUCGGCUCGAACCUCAAUGUGCACAGAAGGAUACACACUGGGGAGAAGCCCUAUGAGUGCCUGGCCUGCGGGAAAGCCUUCAGUGACCAUUCAUCCCUCAGGAGCCAUGUGAAAACUCACCGGGGUGAGAAGCUUUUUGUGUCAUCGGUGUGGAAAAGACUCCAGUGACACAUCUUUUUUAAAGAAAAACAGGAGAACUCAGAUUGGCAGGGAACCUGACAGGUGUCAGGAAGGCAGGAAGCUUUGAGGAACUCAUCUCACUGGGCAUAAAUUGUUAAC